AUGGCGCGCCACUGUGUAGAGGAGCGUAUACGUCAACAUAAGGUGGUCUACACGCCGUACACAGGAGACGACUCGGCGCUACUUGAGCUACUGGACCGUUGUAUUGACACCACCCGACGUCUCAUCGGCAUUCGACCACGAAUCUGCUACCCGCAUGAAGUGUCCGUCCCGCGUCCACCCAUCAAGUAUGAAGCCAAGGUGGAUGUGCGGAAGGAGAAGGAAGAAGAUGGCCGUCGACUGGCCUGUGAAGCUCAGAAGCGUCGACUGGCACAACGUGAGGAACGCGAGAAGGAAGAGCGUGAAGCUCAAGCCAGUGAACAUGUGGGUGGCUUGAGUCGCUUCUUUGGGAACAUCAAGACGGCAGUCGGGCUUGGACACGUUGUGUCUACUAAUGAAAGCUUGGAUGACGUCGAAUACGCAGACGUAUGUGGUACAGCUGAACCGAAGGAAGAAAAGCCGCAGGUCACACUACGCGACGCACAAGCUCACCUGUCCAAGGACACGCUCGGAGACUCCUUGCGCUUUGUCAACAAGCUGUACAACCGCGCAUUCGGCAAGCCAAAGACAUCAGAUCGACGUCGCGUGCCUUCGCACAUGCCAUUCCUGGUGCAAAAGUCGAUCAUUCGUGAGAUUAAGGACCAUUGGACACAGGAGAUUCAAGACACAAGUGCACACCGCUUCCGUCAUCCUCAAGACAUGCAGUUCAGCUUCUCGUACUUCCAUUAUCUCAUUAAUCGCGCCAAGAUCCACCCUCACACGUUGGAAGAGAUCUGGAGUGAAUACCUGGACGCCAAUCGUAACGGGAUCCUGGACGAGAGCGAAGUGCUGACAGCUGCGAGUCUCGCGCAUGGUGACGCUCCGCCUGAGAUUUUCGUGAGCGAAGUGCGUGAGUGCGUACAGCCUAAUAAACGCGAGAAGGUUCGUGAGAUUCCGACGGCGGAGGGAACGCUGCGACUUAGCGAGACAUUAACGCCGUACAUCACUCUGGAGAACCUCGAGCAAUGUCCUUCGUUUGCGUGGAAGCAAAUGAUGGGCACGCGAGCGAGACGCACCAAGUUUGUGUGCAUCAACGACGACAUGAAGAACCCGUCAACUGCGGUGAGUCAGAUCCUGCACGAACUCUUCCUGUCCAUUUGGCCCAAACGCUCGCAGUUCGAACUGCCGUAUCACCUCAAGAACCGCUACGCACACAUCGACGAGUUCACCGCCGCACAGGAGCGUCGUCAUGUUGCAGCAGCCAUUGAAGAUAUUGCUCGGGCUCGUGCAGCUUCGGCGUCGCAACUUACUCAAGACUUCCAGCACACUCAGGAAGAUAAAGAAGACAAGGUAGAUGAGUCAGCUUCACCAACGAGUAAGUGGCGUUCAAGGAAGGCGUCGGCCUAG